AUGAAUUCAAAUGAUUCACGUGCUCGUGACCUUCUUAUACGAUUUAGUGAAGGUUAUGCUCAAAUUCAUGGUCGAAUAGUAUUUCCAAUAACAAUAUUAGGUAUUUUAACAAGUAUAGUAACAAUAAUAAUAUUAAAUCGAAAAAAUUUUCAAACACCAACAAAUUUAAUUCUUCAACAUGUUGCAUUUUUUGAUACAAUUGUAUUAUUCUCAUAUAAUAUUUAUUCAUUAUAUUUUUACAUUCUUCAUGAUCCAAAUCCAUUCGUUGGUCAAUCACAAUUUUGGGUACGAUUUGCAAUAUUUCAUUCAAAUAUUGGUGUAACAGCACAUUCAAUUGCUCUAUGGCACACUUGUCUUCUUGCUAUUAUUCGUUAUACAAUAAUAUCAAAGCCAAGUCAAGUAUCAGUUAAUUCUACACAUAUAAUAAUAUUAGCUUGGUUAGUUUGUCUUAUAGUAUGUUUAUUAAUGAUACCAAGUUAUAUAUUAUAUAGUGUUAUCUCUUAUCCUGCACAUAUGUUAUUACCACAAACUUAUGAAAAUAAUUCAACAGAAAUUGUGUAUUGGAUAAGUCCACCAAGUGAUAAACAUUUGCAAAAUAUUUCACUACGAAUCAUAGCAAUAUGUUUUAAAAUCUCUCCUGUUAUUAUCUUAAUCAUUUUUAGUGUUUUGUUAAUAUUAAAUAUUCGUAUUGCACGAAAAUUACGUGAACGUCUUCGUCGUCGUUGUUCAUCAAUGAAUUCUUCAUCAAAUUUAAAACGUGAAAUGAGAACAACAACAAUGCUUGUUUUAAUAACAUUAUGUACUGUUUUUGUUGAACUUCCACAAGGAAUUUUAUUAGUUGCAAAGGAUAUUGAUAAAAAAUAUGAUUACUAUUAUCAUAUCUUGGGAGAUUUUUGGGAUAUAACAUCAAUUAGUUCAUCAUUUAUAACAUUUGUUAUGUAUUGUUCUAUGUCACAACAAUUUCGAAUGGAAAUGAUUCAACUUAUUUUACCAUCAUUUUGUAUUAAUAAAUGGAAUUUAAAAACUAAUACAAAUUCUAUAACAAGACAAAUUAGUCUCAAACAAAUUAAAACACAAAAUUCACCAUUAAUUAUUCGAAAACCAACAAAUAUUCCGACAGAUAUUUAA